AUGGCGCGCGGGCAGCGCGACGCCCCGAGUGGGACGGUCGGUGUCGACGGGUUCCUCAGCGGCAGCGGCUUCGGCCUGAUGCUACGGAUGCACGGCCUCGCCUCCGACCUCGUCGUCGAUGCCACCAUGGUGAACGCCGAGGGGGAGGCUCCUCGACAGGGCCGCCAUGGGGGAGGACCUCUUCUGGGCCAUCCGAGGUGGCAGCGGCGGGAACUUCUCCGCGUCGUAGUGCAGAACCAGAACGCGCAGUUCGAGUCCCUGUACCUCGGUAGUCGGUACACGCCUUGGCCUCGUCGCCGCCAUGGCCGACACCUUCCCGAGCUCGGCGUGACGGCGAGCGACUGCAUCGAGAUGAUGUGGAUCCAGUCCAUGCUCUACUUCGCGUUCUACGGCACGGGGAAGCCAUUGGAGAUGCUCCUGGACAGGGGCACCAGCAAGCAGGGCAAGUACUUGAAGGCCAAGUCCGACUCCGACGGUGCCGGGCUGCUCAUCCUCGACCCCUACGGCGGCGAGAUGGUCCGCGUCGCGCCAGCGGUGACACCGUUCCCGCACCGGCAGGCGCUCUACAACAUCCAGUACUAUGGGUUCUGGUCGAAUAGCGGGGCGGCGGCGGCGGAGAAGCACAUGGGCUGGAUGAGAGGGCUCUACGGUGAGAUGGAGCCGUACGUGUCCAAGAACCCCAGGGGCGGCGCAGCAGCCAUAGCUGCCGUCACAGGAUCUCUCGCCGUCUGCCGCUCCUGGCGCGGGGGAAUAUGGCUCCAGGGGCAAUCUUGUCAUUUUGAAAUCACCUCUUUUGACCCGGAAAUAAUAAAAUAA